AUGGGCUCAGAGCAGAUGGAGAUGCGCAAACGGCAGACGUCGGUACCCCAGGAGCUGCAGGGCUCUGCCCCAGGCCAGCCCGGAGUGGGGAACAAAGCCCCCAAUGCCUGUUGCUUCUGCUGGUGCUGCUGUUGUAGCUGUUCAUGUCUUGCGGUUCGGAAUCAAGAUGAGGAACGGGCCAGGAGAGCUUCCCAAGAGGUCCAAGGAGAGGGCCUGCCCAUCUGUGAAGAAAGCUUGACUCCUACUCUUGAACAAGUGAAUACCUGGGCUCAGUCAUUCGACAAUCUGAUGAUGACUCCAGCUGGAAGAAAUACGUUCCGAGAAUUCCUCCGCUCCGAAUUCAGUGAAGAGAAUAUGCAAUUCUGGAUGGCCUGUGAAGAACUGAAGCAGGAGGCCAGCAAAAACAAGGUCGAAGAGAAAGCCAAGCUAAUUUACGACGAUUACAUUUCCAGCCUUUCUCCUAGAGAGGUCAGCUUGGACUCCCGUGUAAGAGAGGUGAUCAACGAGAACAUGCAGGAACCAUCACAACACAUUUUUGACGAUGCCCAACUUCAGAUUUACACCCUGAUGCACAGAGACUCGUACCCUCGGUUCAUGAACUCUGCUAUCUACAAGGACUUGCUUCGGUCCUUAUCUGAAGCAUAAGAUUUUCCCAACGUAUUUACUGGGGGAAAAGACAAAAAAAAAAAACCCAAACUGAACAAAACGGAACACUGUGGCGGACCACGUCUAAGUCGGAGCGUCUAGCGCUACCCGAACCGCCACGUGAAAGUAAUACUCAGGCACACUGUCGUACGGGACGGCGAUUCCAUCGGCAGCCGUGGAUCACCUCGGGUGACGUUUGAGCCGAAGAUGUGGGAAAAUGAUCAGGCGUUCUACUAAGAUAGUCAUUUUAUUUUUACAGUGGUAGCAGCAUGUUAUCAGAGGUAAGAGUAUCCUAGUGAAGACUGCCGAUGUGUUCUGUAUGACCUUUGAAGGCUAGGGGAAUAUUCUUGGCUCUUCUUUUGCAUGAGUUAUGACUGUGUCUUUGCUCCUAAGCGGAACGGUUAAUCAAUGUCUAUCUCCCUACCCUCCUCACAUUCAUUCAUUCAAUCGUAUUUAU